GCGCGCUUAGUUGUGCGUGAUCGGGUAGAAGAAGUGGUGGUCGCACGAGUCGACGCACGAGUGGCACAUGGCGCCGAACGUGCCGAGCAUGGCGGCGCGGCCGUUCUGGAGCUCGCACGUGAGGGCGCGGUUGCGCGCCGUGACGUCCUCGAUCUGCGUCGUGAACGGGUAGCCGCCCGGGAUCGUGCCGACGGAGCCGUCGUAGCCGCCCGGGAGGUUCUGCGGGCCGCCCGUGUACUGGGCCGCGGGCAUGGCGCCGAUCUCGGCGAAGCCGGCGAAGGCGACGAUCUGGAAGAGUCCGAACACGGGGAUGUUCGAGAUGGCCGGGAAGCCCAUGCCGUCCUUGAGGAUGUCGGCGAACUGGACCGAGCCGUCGAGGUUGAUGGAGCCCGGGAAGGUGACGCCGAGCUCCUCGACGAUCAUGCCGAUGAACGCCAUCAUCGCGAUGCGGCCGUGCUUGAUCUCGACGGCGCGGCGGCGCGCGAGGCCCUCCUGGUCCUCCCAGAAGGGACCCGUCGGCUCGAUCGGCCCGGGGUCGACGCCGAUGUCGGCCGUCGUGUCGACGGCCGCGCGGGCCGGGGCGCCGCCGCCGCCGCCGAAGUUGAAGGCGGCGGCCGGGGCGGCGAGGAGGGCGAGGGCGAGUUUGGCCAUUUUAUAUCUGCGGUGCGGCGUGAGUUUUGAGACGGCCGCGGCGGCGGAAGGCGUCCCCCCGGCGCUGAUGUGUUUUUGCGCCCGGAGGCAACAGAUCAGCGCGCAGCUUCCUUGCGGCAGCGUAGCAUGACUGGGUUACCCGGUUGCGCGCGCCGUCGGUCCGCGGUGUGCUUCGCGCAUGCCAAUAGCUGCCUACUGCAGCCGCGGCACGCGCACCACCGCAGAGCGCCGCGGGCAUGGCGCGUUGCCGUAGAAGCGGUUGCAAACGCGUGGCACAACUGUGGACUUUCGCGGGGACGCCGGUGCACGCAAUAACUUGGAUCUUCUAUGAGCAGGAGCGAGAUAUUAGGCCUCGGCUGCGGGAGC